UACAAACACAAACCGGAAGCAGCUGGACGUGGUGUGUCUGUGUGCAGGAGCGGAGAGAUGAGACUUCCUCUUUGCUCCUUUAGCAUCUGCAGAAGUUUGCUCUCUCGAAGGCCGGCGGCAAACGUACAGAGGCGAAGCUUGAGCGGUGCGGCCAUGCGCCUGGUGCAGUUUCAUCGCCAUGGCGACGGAGGGGGCAUCCGAGUGGGAGUGGAGCAGGGGGAGGGGCUCGGUGUGGUGGACCUGAAGGCGUUUGACCCCUCCAUGCCCUCGACCAUGAGGGAGCUGCUGGAGCUGGGGGACACGGGUCUGGAGUGUGCACACAGAGCUCUGGCCUCUGGUCAGUGUGUGUUGGAGCGAUCAGCCGUCCGUCUGCUCUCUCCCGUGUUGGCCCCGGAGAAGGUGGUGUGUGUGGGCAUGAAUUACCUCGACCACUGCCUGGAGCAGAACGCCCCGGUCCCCAAAGAGCCCAUCAUCUUCAGCAAGUUCCCCAGCGCCAUCACGGGGCCGUUCGAUGACAUCACACUGCCCUCAGAGAGCCAGGAGGUGGACUGGGAGGUGGAGAUGGCCUUGGUGAUCGGACGCAGAGGAAAACACAUCAAGGAGGAAGACGCUCUCUCCUAUGUGGCCGGCUUCACUGUGGCCAAUGACGUCAGCGCGCGUGACUGGCAGAUGAAGCGCAACGGGAAGCAGUGGCUGCUGGGAAAAACCUUCGACAGCUUCUGUCCACUCGGCCCGGCCUUGGUAACCACCGACUCUGUAAAAGAUCCUCACAGCCUGGCCGUGCGCUGCCUGGUGAACGGAGACACAGUCCAGAGCAGCAACACAGACCAGAUGAUCUUUAAGACGGAGCAGCUGGUGGCCUGGGUCUCCAAGUUCGUGACAUUAACUCCAGGAGAUGUGUUUCUGACGGGCACUCCUCCGGGCGUGGGCGUUUUCAGAACACCACCCGUCUUUCUCAAGAAAGGAGACGUGGUGGAGUGUCAGAUUGACCAGCUGGGCUCUAUAAUCAACAAAGUCGUCUAAACUCCGAGCCGAUGAAAACACCAGCAGCACAUGAAGAACUACCGGCUGUUAAAUAAACACGAUUCACUUCUAA